AUGGAUCCUCUUUAUGCCACUUCGGAAAACUCGAUUGGCAACGGGACGAAUGGUUCAUUUGUGAAUGACACGGACGUGUUCUCAAACCAAUUCGUUCAGCCGGUGUGGCAGAUUGUCUUAUGGGCAAUCGCGUAUUGUUGUAUGGUUCUGGUGUCAGUUGUUGGAAAUAUCACUGUCAUUUGGAUAAUUUUGGCGCACAAGCGCAUGAGAACUGUGACCAACUACUUUCUGGUGAAUCUCGCGUUCGCUGAGGCGUCAAUGUCGGCUUUCAACACCGUUAUUAACUUUGUGUAUGCGGUGCACAACGAGUGGUACUUCGGGCUGGUUUACUGUCGAUUUCACAACUUCUUUCCGAUAGCAGCUGUCUUCGCAAGUAUUUAUUCCAUGACAGCAAUAGCCUUGGACAGGUACAUGGCUAUUAUCCAUCCUCUCAAGCAGCGUCUGAUGUCCACAGAGACCAAGCUGUUGGUUGGGGUGAUCUGGGCCCUGGCACUGCUCCUGGCUUUCCCUCAAUACUACUUUUCCAGUACCGCUCAGCUGCCAGGACGUGUAGUCUGCUACAUCAAUUGGCCAGAAUACAGUGUGUGGGAUUUUCAAAAGAUGUAUUACAUCUGUGUGGUUGUGCUUAUCUACUUUCUGCCUUUGCUAGUCAUGGGCUGUGCAUACCUGGUGGUGGGAUGCACUCUCUGGGCCAGUGAGAUUCCAGGGGAUUCUUCAGAUCACUAUCGAGAGCAGCUAAUGUCCAAACGAAAGGUGGUGAAGAUGAUGAUUGUUGUCGUAUGCACCUUCGCUGUUUGCUGGCUGCCCUACCAUGUCUAUUUCCUUGUGCACCAGUUUCUUCCCCACUUGUUUGAAGAACGCUACAUCCAGCAGGUGUACUUGGGAAUUAUGUGGCUUGCCAUGAGCUCCACCAUGUACAAUCCCAUCAUCUAUUGCCUUCUCAAUGACAGGUUUCGAGCUGGAUUCCAACAGGCAUUCUUCUGGUGUCCUUGCGUCCCUGAAGGCUCAUAUGAAGGUCUGGAGCUCAAGUCAACUCGCUAUCUACAGACACAGACCAGUAUUUACCGCGCCUGCCAGAUGGAUACCACCAUUUCCACAGUGAUGCCAAUUGGUGAAGGGGACCUUCAGGAGAACCAAAAUCGAUUUUCCAUAGAUCUCACAUCCAAUGGUUCUUCACCAAGCGCUUCCAAGACUGAGUCCUCUAGCUUCUAUUGUAGUAACAACAUAGCUUAGUAAGGACUGCAAACACUUUCAGUGUCAUAGUAGCACAGUGGAAGAGAGUAGAGUAAAGAUUAUGUUUCAGGGAUUGAUGUGAGGUCCAGUCAACCAACCUGGUGAUGGAUAAACCCUUGGAUAAAGGCUAAUGUAUGGAAAGAUCAUAAAAGCAUUCAAGGUAUACUUUUUUGCUUGGAAUCGACCCCACAACCACCUACCAGCUGAGCACUGGGAACACAGUAGUUAUAAAUAAUGGACACAGAGCAGCAGAUAUUCUGUAAAUUAUGUCCUUUGAGAGCAGUAAUAUUGUCUUUGUGUUUAGGUACUGUUUUCUCUUGUUACUUUUACAUGAAAUCAGAGAGACAGUUCCGACCAGCUGGCUAGAAACCAUCCCCGAUGGAAUUCACCCAUCAACCUGGCA